CGGAAACCGAUGAAUUAAUCGAUGGAUCUCAUAGCAUGUCGAGCCCACGCCAAGCCCAGGAUUGCUCUAUUGCCUUAUAGAUAAUUCGUCGAAUCAAUCAUGGAACUUUGCUUCCUCCUGGAGGCGGCGGUGAACAUUUGGGAACUGCCAUGAGAGCUGCGAUAUGUUUCUGAUUCGUCCGGCAACGAAAAAGUUGUAUACAUCUAUGACGUCCUCAGCGACACACGAAUCGUUUCUCUCUCGUUAAACUCUUCAUAUUUCGAGUUGAGAACAUCUGAUGGUCCAAGUAGCAGCCAAUUCAUCAAACUUCGCUCUUGAUAUUUCAGUCCAAGAACUUACUGGUGUUUUUGUUAAACAUGAUUUCAUCCUUCAUAUUCAGACGUCCUUGAAAGCUUUAUUUAAUUCUUCGCCAAGGUCGGGACAAUUGGAGAAUGCAAAUGUUCUGAGGUGAAAGUCAUAUAUUGAUGAUCAUGAAUAUAUGUGCUAGACGUUCCGUAAAUCUUACUGCUAGGUAAGAUUCUUCUAGCAGGUAUUACAAGUCGCAGUAGAUAGCUUAUUUGUUGUUUUUAUCUUGUAACGGAUAGAUUUGAUUAUUCUUCAAACCCAAACCCUCAUCAAAUCCACCGUUUUAGAGAUAUGUGCUAACAUUCAUUAGAAAUUGGAGUAUGGGUAGUCGCUCGGAGUAUAGACGGGUAGGACAGCGAAGACUACCACUAUUAUCGGUAUUACUCAGCAGUCAUAGGACUGCGAUGAUGUAUCGAGUCCUAUCUGGUGGGAUCUAAUUACAUGGAGAAAGGCAGUAGGAAGCUAGCUACGCUGCCUACACUUGCCUCCAGGGCUGGAUAUGCCACAUACCAGGUCACGUGGAUACAGCGACAACUACGUUAAAGCGAGUGAUUGGUAAAGCCAACCCAGUCUCAUCUAUAUAGCGAGGGCGGGGUGAUUUCUGGUGCUUGCUGUGUUUGUGUCACUCCGCUUAAGUCGCAGAACGACCUCCCCAAGAAAAAUUCACCUUUUCAUGCCGUCAUUCCUCUCCGCCUCGACCAUCUCAACCUGCAACACAUCCCAAAUCUCAACAUCAAUUAUUGCAUAGCGCACCUCCCACCUCCAAUCUGAGAUACAGCUAGAUGGCGACAGACCUGCUACAUUCAGAUCUCCGCAAGGAGGACAUGCCCCCGCAAUUCACUCGCGCAAAGAGCUAUAGUCCUGAACGAAUUGACUAUGGUCAACCCCCCAGUGAACAGCCAGAUGAUACUCUUGAAGCUGGCCAGCAGGGACCUGAGAGCAACCCAGCGAGGUCUUCAUCAUCCUGGCAAGAUACAACUAAGAUCGAGGCUUCGCAAAGUUUCCCGGGAUCUCAAGUAGACACUCCUUUGUACGCAGCCCCCUCAAUCAGCGCUGAGAAGAGUCGACCAACCACUGGACUUCAAACCCGUCGAAGCAUCUCGGUCCCCACGCUAGAUAAAGAAAGCCAGCAACCUACUUUGCAGCGAGCGGAUUCUGAGAUUAGCACUCUUGCAAAGACCCUCGAUAGCCUUACCAUCCAGAAGCGUCAAAGUCCACCACCCAUGGGGAAGACUAAAGCUGUAAAUACGAUCAACGCCAGGUUCAGCCGAUUCAGUUCUGCCAAUCCACACAUGUCGCAGCUUCCUACAAGAACUGCAUCAUGGACGGCUGGUGCGACGAGUCCUGAUGCUAAGAUCGAUGAGGCUAUCAGGAAGAUUAUGUGUUUUAUUAAUGAUGUUCUUCCUACGCACAUGAUGAUUGUUGAUCUUGAGUUUCGAGACGCGAAGAUGAAAGAGUUCCUUGACAUGAAUAAGGAAAUUGUGCGUACGUGGCGCAGUCACCAAAAUGAACUCUUCCAGGGUACAGCUGGGGAGGUCCUUCGUACGAAAGUGGAUGCGAUGGAUGUGAUCAUCGCCAAAUGGACUUACGAAACCCAUGAAAAUUGGUUGAUGAACGACGCUGGCAUCUUAAUGGAUCGCAGUGUUUCUUUUGGAAAGGAGUGGGAAGCUUUGAAUAAGAAGGACUUGGGAGCUACGGCGUAUUGUAAGAAUCAUCCUGCGAAUCAGACAUCAUCUGGGGAAAGUUUCGAAAAGAUGGAGUAUAUUCAGCCCAAGACAGUGGUCGAGAAGAACAAUGAGGAGGGAGCUGAGCAUAAUAAUGAUAAUUGGUCCGAGUCGACAAUGGGUAAGUUACCAGCCCCCUCACUUAUAGAUAUCUAUUGUAUGCGCACAACAAUAGGAAGCUAACCAUACAUAGGCUCUCCAGAAACAUCUUUCACCACAACUCCAUCCAUCGAAAAGUCACACCAAAGAAACUCUUCUGCACCUCUCAGAUUCCUAACCCGAUCCAAUACUCUACCCAGCGUUGAAGAGAAGCCUGAAACCUCAACUUUCAAGUCAACUCACACAAAAUCACUCGAACUCACAAAGGUCAACGAGCGAUUUGACAAGAUCGAGCACCUCUUGAGCGAAGUAACCAACACCAUCGUCAAAUCAUCCCAAUCAGCUAUCGACGAGGAUACAAAAGUGCACAAACGAUUGAAUGAUAUCGAACGCACCUUGAAGCAAGUUUCCCAUUCCGCGGCUCAUCCAAUCAUCCCCGAAGACACACAACUCCACGAACGACUCGACACCAUUGAACAGACCCUGAAGGAAGUUUCUGAUCGUAAAUCAACUCCAACUGUCAGCACCGAAGACAAGAGAUCACGAGAGAGACUUGACAAUAUCGAGCGCAUUCUGAAGCAGUUUCCAAUUCAAUCCCUUACCGAAGCAGCCAAUAUGCAAUUACUUUUGUUGCCCGAGGUCCACGAGGCCAUCUUUGGCGAGUGGGAGAAGAAGAGUCCUGACCAGAAAGUAGAGGAGCGUGCAUGGGCUAAGAAGACCGGUCUCUUGAUGAUGGCAAAAUACUUUCAAGAGUGGAAGGACAAAUAUAACCAGGAGUAUGGACAAAAGAUUGCAGGUUUGGAUUGCGAUGGUAAGUGACCCCUUCACCUUCAAGCUCUGUUUUGUAUGCAAACAACCAACUAACAUACUCCCCACCAGUCCGCGGCAAGAAAUCAACAUCCCUACUCAACAGCUUUCUGCGUAUCGAACAGUCCCUCGCCUCCCUCACCCGCCUUACCACCAAGUUAUCAACCGAUCUAAUUACCACUUCCCAACACAAGGAACCAACCUCCCUCCCUACUCCCGCCAUCACAAUCACCGAGCCUGAAGCACGACUACCAUCCGAAACCACAACCAUCACCGCCGCACUCGACAAACUCUACACUCUCCUCCACCUCGCCACCUCACACAACACCCAAGAACUCCUCCGUCAAGAGAACGAGAAGUUGAGAGGCGAGAUCGGAGGUUUGAAAAAGGGACUCGAGGCCGCGAUCUUCACUCUCGCUGAGAAGGAGAGCAAGGAAAAGGAUAAGAGCUGGAUUGAGGAGGCGUGGGAGGAGGUCUAUGGGGGCUUCUGGCCACAGGGUGAGCCGCUUCAGGAAGAUCUUGAGGGUGGUAGGAAAAUUAUGGCUCUGCCUGAGGAUGAUCUUAAAGUUACUGGUGACAUGGUCAAGAUCGAAGAGUCGCCUCAAGAGGAGAAGAAGGAUGUACUCGACAGCACCGGUGGCAUUUCAUUGAACAGAAUCGACGAAUCACCCGAGCUCCUCAAGAUUCCCGACGAAAUGCUGAAGACUAUGAUCAACAACCCCGACAGAGUAGGAAACCAAGCUGGACGCGGAGGCGGAGGCGGUACAGGAACAGGAAGUUGUAUGGUCAUGUAGGUGACUUUGUCAUACUUACACCCGUACUUGCACUUUGCUUCACAGAGCACGAUAUGAGUUUAUGACUGAUGUUUCUCUUUCCAUUUCUCUUUUCCGGCUAUUGGCGCAGGAUUUUAUUCUGGACCUUGGCUUUGACUUUGGCUUUGCGAGACCCAUCUGUUUUCUUUUUGCUUUUGAAGAUAUGGGGUCUGAGGUGGAUACAAGCAUAUCUGUGCUAUUGAUUAGCAGACAUGUUCGGGCUUGUUCUUGCCAGGGGUCGAGGAUGUAAUAGUUGUGCCUUGCGGUAAUUUGUACAUAGG